AUGUCGGAUCCCUCUACGAAACGACGCAGGCUCAAUGGCCCGGCCUCUCCUGAUGGAGAGACCAGUCCGGGCUAUGUAAGUUCAGACAAUGAUCGGGAUAGCAAAGUCACUUCGACGCAAGCCACACAACAAAACCCUCAGAAUUCAACAAAAUCUGCAAACCGCUUUGCAGAGGUGGGUAAAGCAACCGGUUUAUCCAAGUCCAGUCUCUUCAAACUCCAGACAGACGAGCUGCUUGCUGGAUUGAGGCCGGAUUAUGACAAGCUUAUCUCUACCGUUCAAGAUAACCUGCGCCGGAUCAGAGAUAUUUUGCAGCAAUUUCCCGAGCGAGAGUCGAAGCGAGCCGACGUUGCCGCCAAAGAAUUGCGAGACAAAUAUCACGUUACAGUGCCUUUCCCGUGUCACUCACCCGACGACCUGGCAAAGUGCCAUGUUUCAUCCAAGCCUCCGGCCAGCAUCGAUCUUGUUGGUAGUGUCAUUUUACGAGCCGGAUUACAAGCUACUGAAAUCUUCAACGUCGAUAUUGCUGUGACCAUUCCUAGCUCGCUGUUCCAACCGAAGGACUAUCGAAACUAUAAAUACUUUCAAAAACGUGCUUUCUAUCUUGCGUGCAUUGCGGCUAGCCUUCGUGAAGCGAAAUUGCCUUUUUCAAUACAGUAUGGCUAUCUAGACGGGGAUUUUCUACGUCCCAUUGUUGUGUUGGAACAUACAAAGAAUGCCACCGGAGACGCUCUAAAACAACCCAUCCGCAUUCGCAUAUUGACUGCUGUCGAAGAGGACUUGUUUCCUGUCGCACGAACGCUCCCAUCAAAGAACAAUGUACAAGCUUCGGGUGCAGACGAUGAACUACAGUCUAGCGAGAAAACAAAGUCAAGUCCGUAUUACAACUCUGCUUUGCGCUUCGAAUCGACAGUCAUAUCAUAUCAAAAGUGGCUACAGAGCUCUUUGAAAAAGUAUACAUCAAUGAGAGACGCUUGUCUUCUCGGCCAAACCUGGCUUCGACAACAUGGUUUUGGGUCCUCUAUCGGAAAAGGAGGUUUUGGUAGAUUCGAGUGGAUGUUGCUUGUGGGCCUACUUUUCGAGGGUGGUGGUGCAAAUGGUAAACCAAUCUUGCUACCGUCGUAUAGCAGCUAUCAAAUUUUCAAAGCAGCCAUGCAAUACUUAGUUUCCCGAGACCUGAUGCAGCCUUUGUCGUUAUUCGCCAACGAUGUUGAAUUUCCAAGCGGUGGUCCGGUGUUUUUCGAUGGAAAAAGAGGCUUGAACAUACUGUACAAGAUGACCAUUGGAUCAUACAAACUGCUUCGUCACGAAUGCAGCCUUACACUCUCGCUGCUGAAUGAAACACGUUUCGAUAACUUCGAAAAAGUGUUCAUUUCCCAAAACAAUGAUCCUAUGCUCAAAUUUGACCGGCUAAUUUCUCUCACUACGGAACAGAAAGCCACCAAUCCUCUACACUCGAUUUUCCAUCAAAAUCAUAUUUAUGAUAUCUUGGAAAAAUCACUCGGCGACAGAGCAAAGGUCAUCUGUCUGUGGACUGGUUCUCCAUCGGCUCGGCCGCUCAAAUCGAAAUCUUUGAGCGAAACUCACUCACAGCAAAUUUCAAUUGGCCUCAUAUUGGACCCUAAAAAUGCGAGUCGACUCGUCGACCACGGACCGGCAGCAGAAAUGCAAGAGCAAGCUGCGGCUUUCCGUGCUUUCUGGGGUGACAAGGCAGAGUUGAGAAGAUUCCGAGACGGAAGCAUCCUUGAGAGUUUAGUAUGGUCCGACCAAGGACCAGUCGUCGACCAAAUCCUGGUGUACAGUCUUAGUCGCCAUCUGAAAGUCCCCCGACACUCAAUCAGAUGUAUUGGAGACGAAUUCGAUCAGACGUUACAACAGCUUGCGGGUUCAGAAAAACAGACUGCCGCAAUGUUUCAUGGCGUUCGCGAUGCGUUCCAGUCGUUGCAGUCGUCAUUCCAAAGCAUGGACGAUAUUCCACUUCAGGUCAGGCAUCUUCAGCCUGCAAGUCCGUUCCUGAGAAGCACUGCUGUGAUACCAGAUCCAAAGGAUAUUGGGCUCACUUCGGUGGAUAUCAACCUGCAACUUGAGAGUUCUACCAAGUGGCCGGACAAUCUUGAUGCCAUCCAAAUGACCAAGGUGGCGUUUUUACUGAGGAUCGGGGAGGCUUUGAAGGAUAACGGAGACGUGACGUCGUUCAAGGUUGGCUUGGAAAAUGAGAACAGACGCCUGGUAAACCGAGCUUUCCUAGACAUCGUGCAUAAGACAGGCAUUCGAUUUCGAAUGAGAAUACACCACGAACGCGAAGCAACGCUACUUGAAAGGAAGUUGAAAGAAAGCGGCCUCAGUCCUCAGUACAAGGAGGACGUAGGCGCUGCCCUUUUCGAAUACAAGAAAACCUUCAUCCACACUCCACGUCUCACGCAGGUUGUCCAAACGCUUUCCAACCGAUAUCCUUUGCUAUCACCUACGGUGCGCUUGAUGAAACACUGGUUCAAUUCACAACUUCUCCUGUCUCAUGUCACCGAAGAAUUUAUCGAGCUUCUCGCCGUCAACGUCUACGUCUCAACUCACCCCUGGGCCUCACCUUCUAGUUUGAUGACCGGCUUUUACCGAACUCUCGCCCUACUGUCAAAAUGGAACUGGCAACACGAACCUCUCAUUCUAGACAUGGGCGGACUUACGACAGAAGACGUCAAAGCCAUCGAAACACGUUUCUUAGCCUGGCGCAACAUCGACCCUGCAAUGAAAAAAGUCUCCAUGAUCCUGGCAUCCGAUCUCGACCAUGAUGGAGUAACAUGGACACUAAACGAAAAGCCCCCCAAAGUUGUCGCAGGCCAUAUCACGCGUUUGGCAAAAGCAGCCGUUGAAGCACUUAAGCAGCAACACGGCAAGGAAGACAAGAUAUCACUCGAAAAACUCCUUUUUACACCCGCGCUCUCGCCCUAUGAUUUCGUAAUCCAUCUCAAAGACCCUAACAAGAAGAGCAAGAAACACAACCAACCGCAAUUCGCAAACCUGAAAGGUCUCGUCAAUCUGUCCGCUUCUGAAGCGUCCAGCCGAGACAUCACGACGUCAUAUCUGAGUGAACUUCAAACACUCUUCGAGCAUUGCAUUCUCUUCUUCUACGGGCAUGAGGAAGAUGUCAUUGCGGGAUUAUGGAAACCUUCUUCCACGGCUUCAAGAGCGUUUCAUUUGAAGACGGCUUAUUCUACUCGUCCCGCGAAUAACGAUACAGCUGAGGUCACGUUGAACAAGGAGUCGAUAUUGAAUGAGAUAGCUCGACUAGGUGGUGGUUUAGUACAUAGCAUCGAGAACAAAAGUGAGUAA